AUAUGUAUAUUGGUUCCAGUAUAUUCUUCUGCGUGCUUUUAUGCAUCAACUCAUCAUGGGCCUCACUCGGUCAAUCGCGAAUGAAUUCGCUCCUAUCGGAAACAAUGAAUGAACCGUCUGUAGCUAAAAGACCAGACUUUCAACUACAAUCCGUUCCAAAUGGAAGGCAACUCAAUCCAUUCAACAAAGCAAUAAGACCCUCCAGGUUUGAUCCAGGACAGUUUGAAAGGCCGAGUCUAAGUUUUGAUCAGGCGGCCAUCAGACCCCGACAAUUUGAUGUCAUGGCAGACCCUUUAACUCCAUCGGUUGCUGAGGUUAGGAGUGCCAUCAAUGAGGUCAAGGCGCUGAAUCAGAAAGAAGCACAGGUUAACAGAGAACUGUUUGAACAAAAAAUUGAUACACCUAACCUGCAGAUGAACGGAUUCGGUCCCCAUCUACUGACUACCCCCGAGGCAAUGAACAUUGCGGAGCAGUCCGCCACACUUAUUGGCAGCGUCGCUAGGUCGAUCCAGACCGUUCAAAGUAAAAGUACGCGUGCUAGGAAUAUAGGAGGGAUACUUGACAGAUCUGGUUCUGGUACAGCUAGCAACAAAGACAUCCUAGCAAGAAUACCUCUACAACAAAAUAUAAUGAGACAGUUCAAACAGUUUUGUCCAUACCAGUCAAAGCCCACCUGUGUUAGUACAGCCAAGUACAGAACUGCCGAUGGUAGCUGCAAUAACCUACAGAAUCCAUUGUGGGGGAAAUCACAGACUCCCUUCGAACGAUUUAUGUUCCCGUUCUACGAAGAUGACGUCCAGGACCCGAGAAGUAGGGACGUCAAUGGCCGACCGUUACCUGGUCCACGUGAGAUCAGCAAUGCCGUCCACCAGAGAAGCACAAACAGACACGUGAUGGACCUCUCACAGUUUACCAUGGAGUUCGGACAGUUUGUUAGUCACGAUAUUCAGUUCAACGCUCUUGCUAAAGGUUAUCGCAAUUCGAAUUUGGAGUGUUGUAAGAGGCAAGGAAUAAGGAGGCUGAGUUCUAACUGCUUACCAAUAUCACUACCAAAAGACGACCCCUAUUUUGCAACGUUUAAGAGGACGUGUAUGAACUUUGUCCGAUCUCUCCCGUCGGCUGCUCUGGACUGCAGUGUGGGUCCCCGCCAACAGAUCAACCAGAACACACACUAUCUGGACGGAUCGGCCGUAUACGGCUCUGACCAGAAUACUAUGAACUCACUGCGGCUACGGAGGGAUGGUUUGCUGAAAUCUUCGUCUGUUGGUGGAAAAGAACUGUUAUCACAAGAUACUAGCAACUCUGCUUCAUGUCGUCUGCCAACCAACGACAACAAAGUCAAAUGCUUCAAAGCAGGUGACCGACGAGUCAACCAACAGCCUGCCUUGAUUUCUCUCCAGACCAUUUGGCACCGGGAACACAAUAGAAUAGCCAAGAAACUUAAAACAGUCAACCCAAAAUGGAACGAUGAAACAUUGUUCCAGGAGACUCGUAAAAUUGUCGGAGCCAUGAUUCAACACAUCACCUACCACUCUUAUCUGCAGGAAAUUCUCGGAAAUGACAUCAUGAACAAAUUCGAUCUGAAACCAAAAUCGUCUGGAUAUUUCACCGAGUAUAACGCCAAGUUUAAGGCGAUGAUAAGGAACGUCUUUUCUACAGCGGCCUUCCGAUUUGGUCACAGUAUGAUUAAUGACAAACUGUCGUAUCACCCAACAAAGGCUUUUUCUACCAAUGUUAUGUCUGACUUAAGAAACAUUGUGUUGAAACCGGACUGGAUUUAUAGAAAAGAUGGCGGAGUAGGGGCCGUAACUAAGGGCUUGUACGAAACAAACGCACAAAGCGUAGACAUGAGGAAAUCCUAUGAAGUCACAAGACAUUUGUUUGAAGCAGGCCCAGGAACCGGAAUUGACCUGGCCGCCAUUAACAUCCAGAGAGGGCGUGAUCAUGGACUGGCGCCUUACAAUGUGUGGAGGUCGGUCUGUCAGCUUCAACCAGCCACUACGUUCACCACUGGAGCCGGGGGUCUGGUAGAUCAUCCCCAGGACGCCGUUUUGGCGCUUAAAUCUAUUUACAAAAGCGUUGAUGAUAUUGAUCUGUUUACGGGAGGCGUAUCUGAAAAACCACUUCCGGGUGCUCAAGUUGGUCCUCUAUUUGCUUGCAUUAUCGGCCUACAAUUUAAAGCAUUGAAAUAUGGAGAUCGAUUUUAUUAUGAAAAUGACGACAGAAAUGUGAAAUUCACAACAGAACAGCUGAAUGAAAUAAGAAAUACACUUAUGGCCAAUGUCAUCUGCAGAAACACAGAUAUAAGCAAAAUUCACAGAAACGUGUUCGAAAAGAAAACUGCAAGCACUCCCGAGUUCUCUUGUUCAGAAUUCAAAAACGACAUCGAUUUCACCAAAUGGAAUUCCUGUGUUCCUAAAAACGGUGGAUGGUCUUCAUGGAGACAAAUAGGCAGAGGGUGUGUGUUUCGCAGAGUAUGCAAUAACCCCACCCCCAAUAAAUGUGGAAAACCUUGCACUGGAAGUUCUUACCGUUACGAAUGUGGGCAACUUGACCUCACCAUGCGUGCAGCUGGUCCUAGGAGAACACAGCCGAUAUCCCGAAACCGAUUUAACAGAUUGUUGGCAAUACCAUAGUCAUAGGUCUAAUGUGUGUGGAGAUUGAAGAAGGGUUGUACAUACAAUCCUGACAUUCACAAUUAUUGCCUAUCCUUGUGACUAAGUUUAAGGUUUUUCUAUGAAAGAUCUCCUGUAGCCUUUUGUGAAAAGUGUGCUAUAUCAUACAUUAUGUUCUCUCAAAAUAUUCUGCAUUACUACUGUAUAAAGUUACGUUUUAUUUUUUUUUUUUAAUAAAGCUUUGAGAAAUACAAUAUUAUCUUUAAAACUUUCUAAUACUAUUGUCUGUUAGUAUAACUAUUGUAAGGACUAAGAGAAUCACAUAGUACGUGUUUCUAUUUGCAAAUAUAUUUCUGGAUAUGAACCUACUGAAGUGGUAAAACCUUUUAAAGAGGUCAAAAGGUCAACUUCAUGACGCCAUAAUGGUCAUUACACGAUCUAAAUUUUUGUUUUCUUGAUGCUUUACAUAUGCAUACAUUUUUAAAUAUUAUAAACAUUGUAAUAUAUUUGUUCAUUUUUUUUUUGUAAAUAAUUGAUUUGUCUUUUUCAAACACAGACAU